AUAUAACAAAAAGAUAAAAAUAAAAAAACCCACUUUCGAUUUAAUGGAUCUAAAGUUAACAAAAGAAGAGAAACUCAACACGCAAUAAAGUGAUUUGUUUAAUGCUAUAUAUGAGUUUCACAGCCUAUUCUGUCACGCCCCAAAAGUCUCGACUCUUGUUAUAUAUAUAUAGCAUUAAACCAUAACACUUUUCCUUAGUGUUAUCAAAAUACUCUCUCAAAUUCCUCCGUUUUUUCAAUAUUUUCUCUUUCAAAAAUCUCAAACUCUGAACUUAGUUAAGAGCUAAAAAAUAAUCAUGUUUCCCAUAAUCGAAUUCCCAUCUCUAUCCUCACUUUUCACAGCCUUUACUUCAAUCACAGCCUCCAUAAUGUUGUUUCAGUCACUACUAAACCAAUUCUUGCCUAAACAAGUUCGUGACUACCUAAUCUCAUUGGCUCAAAGAUUGUUCAGAGCAAAUGACCAAAAUCUCACCUUGGUUUUCGAUGGCGGCCGAGAUUACUCGGGCAACCAAGUCUACGACGCGGCCGGGGUUUACUUAGACACCCUUCGUAGCCCGAAAACCCGAAGGCUUAAUGUUCGAAAGAGUACUAAAGAGAAAGGCCUAACCAUUAGGCUUGAAAAUGGGGAAAAGCUAAAGGACUUUUUCGAAGGAAUUGAGCUUCAUUGGAAGUUUGUGUUAUCAGAACAAGUGAAUAACAACUCUGGCCACAGAUUUGGUUCUCAAAGCUCUGAGAAAAGAUUCUAUGAGUUGAGUUUUCACAACAAGCAUAGAGAUUUGAUUUUGAACUCUUAUAUUCCUUUCAUUUUGAAAAAAGCCAAAAUCAUGAGAGAUGAGAAAAGGGUGUUGAAGAUGCAUACUUUGAGUAACACUUUCGACCCGGGAAUGAGAUGGGAAUCGAUUAAUUUAGAACACCCUGCAACUUUUGAUACUUUGGCUAUGGACCCAAAAAAGAAGAGUGAUAUCAUUGAGGAUCUUAAUAGGUUUGUGAAGAGAAAAGCUUUUUAUAAGAAAGUUGGGAGAGCAUGGAAACGUGGGUACUUGUUGUUUGGACCGCCCGGGACGGGUAAAUCGAGCUUGGUUGCUGCCAUGGCUAAUCAUCUUAAGUUUGAUAUUUAUGAUUUGCAACUUGGUAAUGUACAGCGUGACUGUGAUCUUAGAAGGUUGCUUCUUACAACGGCUAAUAGGUCUAUACUUCUCAUUGAAGACAUUGAUUGUAGUGUUGAUCUUCCUAAUCGUCUCAAUGGAGGUGGAGGAGAAAAAGAUGGUGACAACAAAUGUGGUGACCAAAAUGACAAGAAUCCUGGCCCAUCGUUGACAUUAUCUGGAUUGUUAAACUUCAUAGAUGGAUUAUGGUCAAGUUGUGGAGAUGAAAGGAUCAUCAUAUGCACCACAAACCACAAGGACAGGCUUGACCCAGCUCUGUUGAGACCUGGUCGAAUGGACAUGCCUAUUUACAUGGGCUAUUGUACUUAUGAGGCAUUUAAACAAUUAGCCUCAAAUUACUUGGGAGUCAUUGGUGACCACCAAUUCUAUGAACACAUCAAAGUGUUGCUUGGUGAAAAACAAGUCACUCCAGCCCAAGUUGCUGAGGAGUUUUUGAAGUAUGAGGAUGCUGAUUUAGCUCUUAGUGAAUUUCUCAAAUUACUUAAAGGAGAGAAAUUGGAAUGUGAUGAUGAAGAGAUGAAUAAUAAUAAUAAUAAUAAUAAGACUAGUCAAACCAAUAGUGUUGUUGUUAGUACUAUUGGUUGUAGUGAUAAUUCUACUUCUCCUCAAGGGCCUAUAGUAGAUGAUAAUUGGCAAUUUGAGUAGUGUGAUUAGCUAAUUAAUUAGGAAUUAAAAGAAAUGGGAAAUAAUAGACCUUGUUUAUGGUCAUAUAUGCCCCUUGUUUUAGUGUGAAUUAGUUAUUAAAGGUCAAAUGUUUGGUUUGUAUCUUUUGCCCUGUUUAUGUUAAUUUAUAUAUAAUUGUGAUGAA